UAGUGCACUCUCUAAAGAAAACACUGCAAAAAACAUGUUCAAAACCGUGAUAAAUCACUCCAAGAAAAUUCUGCAAUCUUUGGACGAUGAAUCGGACUACUUUCGUCCGCUACAGUAUGCGCUGGUGUUUGGUGGGAUCCACUUCUCAAGUGACAACAUUCACUAUCGUUUGUUCAUACUUUACCGAAUCGUGAUCACUCUUAUGAUUGUAAUUGUUUUCGAUCGCAUCUACGUCGCCCUUUUCGAGUGGGACUCCAUGGUGGACACGCUAGGAGCAGUGGCUUUUUUCACAGAAACGGUUCUGAUUAUAUUCCGUGCGGCUGCCGCACGUUACUAUCAACAGGAUUUGCAACAAGUCCGAAGUUACCUGGCACGUGGAUUGAACAAUCAAUCGAAUCGAACUCACGAACGUAAUCGUUCGUACAGAAUAAUGCGAGGAAUUACACUUUGGUCUCUAGCCUGCUUGGGAGUAGAUCAGAUUCUACUCCAAAUGUUCAAAUUAUCCAACACUCGACUGCACGGAACACCGGAUAAUUUAACCCGCAUUGGACCACAGUGGAAAAGGAUUUUCAACUACUUGAACACUUGCACGUAUCUGAUAUUUUCCGUUCUGUAUGUGGCCAAUCUAACGGUGCACAGCUCGUACCUGAUAGGAAUUUACAAUUCCUGGCAAGAUUUGAAUGCUGAGUAUGCGGCUUUAUUUUCACGUGUGGAUAGAAAAAUUGAACUUCUCGAUGAAGAAAGAUCAGCGAAACUGAGCGAUUCGGAAAAAGUUAAACAAUUUUGGAACAUUUUGAAGCACGAAUUGAAUGCCACCGUUGUACAUCACAGCGAGUUGUUGGAACAGUUGGACAUUUUGAAGCGGUUCCUCAAUUUAACAUUUCUGUUCAUGUUUUACAUACAUUUCCAGUCACUUGCUUGUGGUUUACUCUAUUGUGUUUUCCAAGGUUUCUCAAUCGAUUCGGCUCUUGUGGGAAGUUACAUACUGGUGAAUUUGGUUGAAAUGUUUUGGAUUUUCAAGCUGGUUGAUGAUUUGAACGCAGCGAACGAAAACAUUUCCUUCAGUUUGUACAAUCUGGACUGGCACCAAAGGUUGAGGUAUGUAUCAGCGCUGAAUUCAGACUACCGACAAGUGCGUGUAACGCUACUGAUGAUUAUGGUGAAAACCCAAACGAAACUCGGAAUCAGCUGCGCAGGAAUGUUUGAAAUAUCGAUUGAAGCUUUUGGAGAGUUGGUCACAAAAAUGUAUAAUGUACUUGCUUUUUUGCUUAACAUUAUCAAUUAACCUGCAAUAAGAAAUUAAUAUUUGUGUUGUUUUAUUACGGUUCUUACUGAGUAGUAUUGAGUAGUCAACAGUCAAUUUGGAAAGUAAUAUUUAUUCCACCAACAUUGCAAGACGAACCUUAAGCAUACUACAGCAUUACUCGUUUUUCGCAACAUAAAUUCUAAAUAGCUUGCGCUCACAUAGGAUAAAGUUGAUUUUUCACGCAACGGAUUUUAGAUGUAGAUUUUA